AUGGCGGAACGCAUCCACCACCAGCAUGCGUCUUUACAAAAUAUCAUCAAGGCCACUGGGGUCGAUAAUCACCAGCUGUUCAACACAUGCCUGACGGUGCAGCCAGCCAUGGUGACCAUGACAAAGAACCAAAGCGUUCGAUUCCAGCUUCUUGAGGCGCACGAACCUACAGAGUACAAGGUAGUCGCAACCGUGAUUCUUUUUCCUUCGCAUUAUGAGCUCUGCAUCCGUUAUUGGGAUGACUUUCUCUCUGAGCGUGAAGCGCUCGAUUUGCUUGACCGGUUCUGUGAUACUGCGACAGAGGUUGCGACGGCGGUGAGCUCUAUGGAGCUAGGGACCAGGGAGAAGCUUCUUGCAUAG